AUGCUCUGCAUUCUGUAUUGCGGCAAAGCCAAGGCGGUACGUGGCUUUGAACGUGGCCGUGCAAGCGUCAAUACAGGUUGGUUACAAGCAGUGAAUAAGAAGGAACAUACUAGCUACUUCCGGUCAACAAUGGCGGCCGCCGGCUGUGUAGUGCGGAGUCUGCGCUUGUUCUGUAGAAGGUUACAGUUUCCACAGCACGAAACAAGACACUUGAGAAAUUACUGGAAGUGUGGUACUUUUGCUCUCUCAAACAGUCUCAGACAGCCCAGUUUGACUUCAGCAGCUUGUCUGCAUACAGGGAAGGUGUACUGUGCUCUGUCACCAACGAUCACUGUCACAGAUGAACCUGAUGUACUGUAUCAGAAGGUGGAAGUGCUGGUCAAGGGACAUGACAGGGCAGUCCUGGACAGUUAUGAGUUUUUUACCACCAUGGCAGCUAAGGAGUUGGGUAUCAAUAUCAGCAAAGUGGAGGAACCCAAAAAGAAGAUUGAGAGGCUGACUCUCCUUAAGUCGGUACAUAUUCACAAAAAGCACAGAGUGCAGUAUGAGAUGAGGACGCAUUAUCGAAACUUUGAGUUCUUACGUUUAACAGGCUCCACAGCUCGGGUGUUCCUUGAGUACCUUCAGCGUAAUUUACCCGAAGGAGUUGCAAUGGAGGUGACAAAGACUGAAAUAGAGAAGGUCCCUGAGCACAUCCUGGAACCCUUGUGGAACUCCAUUCCAGAGAAAGAGCAGUCCAGCCAAUGAGCAGUAUGGGACACAGUCCUGGGAUGUGUGGACCCCUUAAUGUUUUUCACAGUAAUGAAAAGCUACGGAUUGAGGUAGACUUUGCAAACACUGUACCUAACAUGACACUGAAUAGAGGAAUUGUACGUUUGUUCAAUGGCCACACUUCACCAUCUUCGGUAAUGGUCGCAUUAUGUAUGUCAGUAUUUGCUUUUAAUGUUAAAUAUCAUCUUUUAUUAGUCUUAUAGGAAAUGUCAGCAAUUCUCUGCUAUAUGAAAAUAAGCCUGAAAUAAUAAAACCUCUUUUUG